AGCUCAUAAAAUAUCCACAAUAUCAAAUUCUUUUCCCUACUAGACUUUCUGGAGUGUAUACUUCAUUGAAUACACAACUCAAACUCUUCCGCCAUUAUCGAUUAACGAGCUCCAUUAUCGCUACAUGGAUUCAAACUCCUAUUCUCACUCUUUACCUUUGCUAAUUUGGGAGUUUGAUCAAAUGGGGAAGAAAAAGAAAGAAGUUAUUCAAUUAGAUCGUGAGUCGGUAAUUCCCAUUCUUAAGCCUAAAUUGACACAAGAAUUGACAAAACUCAUUGAAAGCAAGACAGACCAAGAGGAUUUUUUAAGGUUUUGUAAGAAAGUUGAGUAUACAAUUCGAGCUUGGUAUCUUGUAUUUUUCGAAGAAAUGAUGCAAUUGUUCAAUCUUUUUGAACCUGUUGUUGGAGCUCGUAAAUUGGAAGAACGAAAUCUUAGUGAGGAUGAAAUUGAUGAACUUGAACAAAAGUUCAUUUUUCUUUUAUUUAAGAUGAUCCAUAAGAGCAAUUUCAAGAUAGUUACAAAUGAGGAGAAUGAAGUUGCUACAUCUGGGCAAUAUUGUCUAAACCUUCCAAUCAAGGUUGAGGAAGCUAAGCUUGAUACAACGCUUUUAAGGAGGUUUUUUGCCAAGCAUCCUCAUGAUAAUCUUCCUUACUUUGCGGACCAGUAUAUAAUUUUUCGUCGUGGUAUCGGGUUGGAUCAAAUGACAGCUUACUUUAUUAAAUGGAAAAUUGAUGCUAUUCUAUCACGGUUGUGGCAAGGCUUCUUAAGAUUGACCGGUUUGAGACGGUUCUUUUCAAGAAAAAGAAAAGUUCGGUAUGUGGGAAAUCAACAACAGUUGGUAGAUGAAGAUGAAGAUGAAAAGUACAUUGAUGAAGAUGAUGAUGAACAUGACUUAUACAUUGAAAGGAUUCGCAUUCAGAAUAUGAAACUUAGUGUUGGCAACCUGUUCAAUAAAACAACCAUUCAAGAGCCAACCUUUGAAAAGAUAAUCAUUUUAUACAGAUUACAAUCUACUGAAGACCCUAGGGCAAUUUAUGUGAAGCACUUCAAACACAUUCCCAUGGCUGAUAUGGAAAUAGUUCUUCCCGAAAAGACGAAUCCAGGGUUAACAGCACUUGACUGGGUUAAAUUCCUUGUUUCAGCUGCCAUCGGACUGGUGACAGUAAUAACUCAAGUCUGCAAGACUAAAGCUGAUAUAAAAGUGUUGGCAGCUGUCUGCUCUGCCGUGAUUGGUUAUUGUGCGAAGAUAUAUUUCACGUUCCAGAAUAAUUUGAAUUCAUAUCAGAGUUUGAUCACUCAGUCCAUGUAUGACAAACAACUGGACAGUGGCAGAGGCACUCUACUGCAUCUGUGUGACGAUGUAAUUCAGCAGGAAGUUAAGGAGGUCAUUGUUGCAUUCUUCGUGUUGAUGAAAUACGGGAAAUUUACUCGCAGGGAGCUAGACGAAAAAUGCGAGCUGCUGAUAAAAGAACAGUUUAACGAGAACUGUAAUUUCGACAUAGAUGAUGCUAUUCACAAGUUAGAAAAACUGGGCAUUGUUUAUAAGGAUGAAAUGGAGCAGUAUUCAUCUGUAGAUGUGAAAAAGGCUAAUGAAUUCAUUGGCACCACUACUGAGGAAAUUGUUACAAAUGCAACUCAGGGUAUUCGGUGAUGCUGCUGCUUUUUUUACGUUUGCAUCACUGAGAUUGAGACUGAAAAACCCAUUUCUACCAAGUAUUUUAAUGCUAACUUGUCCGUUUAGUUAUUGAUAUUAAAUAGUGUAUAGAUAGUAUUUAACUUAAUUUAGCUAGUAAAGUUACUUGAUAAUGUUUAUGAUCAUAUUUAUAUUAGAAUAUUAAUAUAUUUUUUAACAAAAUUUAUUCUCAUUGAUUACCGUUUGGAAGUUGUUAUGGAUAAUUUCUAUCGUAAAACAAAUCAUCACAAAUAACAAAGCAAGUGCUUUUAUGCUUCUUUUCAUCAAUUAAAUAAGGAAGUAAAUUUCAUUGCAAUUCCGGUCG